CGCUUGACCCGGGGAGAAGCAGCGUCGCCAUUUUGGUUCUGAAGGGGGGCCUGCUGUCACCACGUGAAGGCGAGAAGCCCCAGACAGCGAAGUUCGGGGGGCUUUUACGAUACAGCAGACAAUCCGGCCAGAGAAUCGCGGAUUCCGAUUCAUGAUCAGAGCAAAGUGACGGUGAUCAACACCCAAGAAGAAGAAGAAUGCCCUCGGUAACUCUGCCGCCGAAGGAGAACGCUCUCUUUAAGAGAAUAUUGAGAUGCUACGAACACAAGCAGUACAGAAAUGGGCUGAAGUUUUGCAAACAGAUCCUGUCCAACCCAAAGUUCGCCGAACACGGAGAGACCCUUGCAAUGAAGGGACUCACUCUGAACUGCUUGGGCCGAAAAGAGGAGGCGUAUGAUCUAGUGCGACGAGGCUUGCGAAAUGAUCUGAAGAGUCAUGUCUGUUGGCACGUGUAUGGUUUGCUUCAGCGCUCGGAUAAGAAGUAUGACGAGGCCAUCAAGUGCUACAGGAAUGCUCUUAAAUGGGACAAAGACAAUCUGCAAAUCCUUAGAGAUCUUUCACUGCUGCAGAUCCAAAUGAGAGACCUCGAAGGUUACAGGGAGACUAGAUACCAGUUACUGCAGUUGCGGCCAGCUCAAAGGGCUUCCUGGAUCGGUUAUGCCAUCGCAUACCACCUUCUGGAAGAUUAUGAGAUGGCGGCUAAGAUUGUGGAGGAGUUCCGCAAAACACAGCAGACGUCUCCAGAUAAAGUGGAUUACGAGUACAGUGAGCUGUUGCUUUAUCAGAAUCAGCUAUUACGAGAGGCCGGGCUUAUCAAAGAAGCUCUCGAUCACCUGACCAACUAUGAAAAACAGAUAUGUGACAAACUGGCUGUAGAGGAGACACGGGGAGAGCUGCUUCUCAAGUUAGAUCGGGCUGGUGAAGCUACGGAAGUCUACCACAGACUGCUGGAGAGAAACCCUGAAAACUGGAGCUACUAUCAAGGGCUAGAGAAAGCACUCAAACCAAAGAGUGUCGAGGAGAAGCAGAAAAUCUAUGAAGAUGCCUGGGUUAAGUAUCCUAAAGGCCUGGUGCCAAGAAGACUUCCUCUCAGCUUCCUCACAGGUGAGAAGUUUAGAGAGUGUUUGGAUCGUUACCUGAGGAUGAACUUCAGCAAAGGAUGCCCGCCUGUCUUUACCACACUGAAAUCACUCUACCACCACAAAGACAAGGUAGCAAUAAUUGAGGAAUUAGUCGUUGGCUAUGAAAAAAGUUUGAGAACCUGUAAAAUGUUCAACCAAAAUGAUGAUGGGAAAACAGAGCCGCCCACUACUUUACUGUGGGUUCAGUAUUUCCUGGCCCAGCAUUUCAACUAUAUCGGCAAACAGACGCUUGCCCUCGAAUACAUCAACACAGCCAUUGAAAGCACCCCCACCCUCAUAGAGCUCUUCCUCAUCAAGGCGAAGAUAUACAAGCAUGCGGGUAACAUCCGUGAAGCUGCUCGCUGGAUGGACGAGGCCCAGGCUCUGGACACUGCUGACCGCUUCAUCAACUCAAAGUGUGCCAAGUAUUUGCUCAAGGCUGGACUUAUCAAAGAGGCUGAAGAGAUGUGUUCCAAGUUCACACGGGAAGGAACCUCGGCAGUAGAGAAUCUGAAUGAGAUGCAGUGCAUGUGGUUCCAGACGGAAUGUGCUCUGGCCUACAAGUCCUUGAACAAAUAUGGAGAGGCGCUGAAGAAAUGCCAUGAAAUUGAGAGGCAUUUUGUGGAGAUAACAGACGACCAGUUUGACUUCCACACAUACUGUAUGCGAAAGAUGACAUUGCGUUCUUACGUCGAUUUGCUCAAACUAGAGGACGUGUUGCGUAUGCACCCUUUCUAUUUCAAGGCAGCACGUACAGCCAUCGAGAUCUACCUCAGCCUACAUGAUAACCCGCUCUCCGAUGACAACAAGGAGUCGCAGGCAGAUAACGCCAACCUAACGGACAAGGAACUGAAGAAAUUGCGCAACAAACAGAGACGUGCCCAAAAGAAAGCCCAGUUAGAGGAGGAAAAAAAGAAUGCUGAAAAAGAAAAACAGCUAAAGAACCAAAAGAAGAAAAAGGAAGAGGAUGAGGAGGAGAUUGGAGGACCCAAAGAGGAGCUCAUACCAGAAAAACUGGCAAAGGUUGAGAAUCCUCUAGAAGAAGCGGUUAAGUUCCUGACUCCUCUGAAGAACUUAGUAAAGAAUAAAAUAGAGACGCACCUGCUGGCCUUUGAGAUCUACCUCAGGAAAGAGAAGUAUCUUUUGAUGCUGCAGUCGGUGAAGAGAGCUUACUCAUUGGACCCCGAUCACCCCUGGCUCCACCAGUGUUUGGUGCGAUUCUUCAAAGGAGUGUCGGACAGUAAGGACAUGCCGGAGGCAGUGCAGACGGUUCUGAAGCAGGAGAUCACGAAACUGUUUGGCGAGAGUGACCCCAAGACUUUCAACAAGAACUUCCUGAGCAAACAUGCAAACUCAAUACCACACAGAGUUGCAGCUGCUAAGAUGAUGGUCUUUCUGGACCCCUCCUCUGAGGGCAUGGCUGCUGAGCUGGCAACCUCUUUGAACGAGUCUCUAACAGGCAGAACCAUUCAGAUCUGUACCGAGGUGCUCCAGGCAUUGAGGGACGGCAGUCUGGGCUCGCAACAGGAGAAAACUCUGGAAUCGUACCGUGCGUCCUGCCAUGGUAUCUGUCCCUACGCUUUAGCCUUCAUGCCCCCCGGUUACCAGGACAACACUGCGGUGACCACCAAUGGAGACCUGUCCCCCUGCGACCACGAGGACAUGCCCAAUGAGAUGUGAGAUGUGUUUCAGGACGAGAGCAGGGUGGCCGUUUUAUGGCCGUCAGCAUUUUGAGACCAGACGCCCCACUGAGGUUGAGACUCUACUGCACUAACGAGACCAUGCUUACCUUCCGCCUUCCUUUCCACUCACGGAAGCGAGCGAGCAAUAGGGGAAAAACCCGUUUUACUAUUUUUUUUUUUUUUUUUCCUUUCUAUCUUGUUUUGCUUUUUUUUAAAAAAUAUGGCCAAUGGCAUCUCUUAUGCUAGAACAGAAUAAACGGUAUUAAAGAGAAAGAAUGAUCAAGACGGUCACAGUGAACUCAUUGGGCCUAAUUCCUGUUUAUCAGACACGUGCAUCUUGUUUCUCAUGUUUUUAAGAGUAAUUUAUAUAAGAUAAUAUUAAAGAGAACCGAAUACUAUCAGGAGGAGCAAUACUUUUGGUCCUGGUUUGACUUGCGUGGUCGUGUGCCAAACCCGUGGGGCGGACCUUUAGAUGCGGAUGACGGCACCUGUUGCGAGGGGUACCUGGGAAGGGGGGUUGGGGGUGUGGGGAGUGUGUGGAAAUGAAUUAAUGUGGCUGGGCAGAAGCUGUUGCAGGAUCAGCCACCAGGGGGAGCCAGCAGUCGAAAACCCUGAGAGGAGAUACUGAUGUUCAGCCAUUAAAGCUGAUGACAGAGUCGACUGAAAGGUCACCUGGAGUGCCGAGGAGAGGCAGACGUGCAUCUCUUUAUUUUUUUAUUUUAUUUUUUCCUCUUUCAUCCUCUGCUGCCUUUCGGUUUUUCAGUGAAUGUCUUAGAGCCGGCAGUGGCUUCUGUUGGACCUGUAGGACUUUUACUGUGACUGCGUUUCUGUUGGGUUUGUUUGGCAUCUUUUAUUUUAUUUUUUUUUUCUCCCACUCAUUGUUUGGGUUCUCAUGUUGGUUUCAAACUCUAUGAUUUUUUUUUUCCAUAAUACAAGACUCCAUCAAACAUACCACUGUCUGAAUUCUGAGAACAUGUCCUGUCAUUUGACACUCACACAGUUACAAAUAAAACAAAAUAACAUGA